GCGAUCUGCACAAUCUGCGGUCAGAAGAAAGGCCUAUUGUGGGAUGGAGCGUAAUGCAUUCGUGAGGCCGUCGGACGACUGGGAUGCCAUGCCGGCCAUGAGCGACAGCGAUUGCGAGGUCUUCGCAGAUUCGCCGCGCGUGAAAAGGUCCCUGGCGCUGGCCAAGAGGCCUCAAGUCGGCGCGGCCAAGGAGCUCAAGAUGAGGCAGAAUGAUCGCAAAAUGUGGGAAGACAUCACCACAGAUGAUGAGGACACCUUUCCCAGAUGGGCACCCCAGGCGCGUCUUGUGGCGCCGCCGCCGCUGCCGGCGACGGAGGAGGGGUCUGGCUCGGACGGCGAAGGCUUGAGCUGGGAUCCAAUUUGCCUUGGAUCCACGUCCAGCGUCACGGAGCUCCUAUGGAACAAGACGAAACUGGAUGCGGGCGCUGCGGGCAUGCAGCAAGGGACCAUCUUUGACAAGUGGUCGUGGAGCACCACUGCCUCGGAAACUGCGCCACAAGAGCAGGCUUUGGGCACUUUGCCGGUUUACGAGGCUUCCGUGCACAACUCCCAGGAGACAACACCCAAGUCCUCUUCAAGCCAGGAGCGAUCGGUGGACAUUUCUGAGACCGAGGGCCUUGAGCGAGCUGAUCCGCCGCAAUUCCCUGGCCCUACUGGGUUGCCUCUGCGGCAACUUCCUGUGGAUGCUGUUCCUAUUCAGAUGCCAAUGCUUCAGAGCCAGGCCGAGACCGCUGCAUAUCCCACAGUGGCAAUUCCGCAGAUGCCACAGAUGCCACAGAUGCCGCAGAUUCCGCAGAUGAUUCUUCCCUUGGUGGCACCUGUCGCACCAGCGCCACUGGCACCAGGGCCCCUUGGGCCCAUGGUGUCAGGGCAGUUCCCGAUGAAUUUGGGGAUGUUGCCGAUCCUCAUGUCGAUGCCACAGCCGGCUGCACCAGUCAAGCCGCAGGCAGAUGAGGUUGCACGUCAGGGCCGUGACCUGGCGGCCAUCCAAGGGCCACCCUUUGGUCGGGCGCAUCGCUUCCACCAAAAAAACAACUGCAUGGGAGUUCUCUCGGCUGAUGCGCGCACCUUCACCAAGCGCUACAACAAGGGCCGGUUGAGCAUCAUCUGCGAAAACAAGGUUCAUUUCCACGGAUCUGUGAACUAUGCGGUGCAAUUCACAGAAGGCGAACUAUGCAGUGCCGAUGGCGUUGGGUUCAUCCUUUCCUCAGACCUGCCAUGCACCCGCAACAUCCAAAAGAUCGUGUCCAUUUUUGCCAAUCGCACAGGACGUAUUUGCAUCCGAGUUCAUGAUGAAGUGGUUCGGUGCCCUCAGCGCGUGAAAUGUCUGGAAAUCGGCGACUGGUUGGAGGUCAAGGCUGAUUUGGUGAACCAGACCGUGAGCUUCACUGUGUGGCCCCAGGACCCCUCUGCUGAGCCUUCUUUUGCGACGGUGUCAUUCAAAGAGACCUUCAAGGAGGCGCGCGGACGAGUGAAUGGCCUGCCCCGCGCACCCUGCGGCUUCCUGGCUGUGGUGGUGAAACACCUCGGUGUUUCGGUGAAUUUGGGAUCCUGAUGCUGGGAAGCAUCGCUGAAACGCUCAAACCUGGCCGCUGGGCGGCUGUUCGGUAACAUUUUUUCGUGCAGGUGUUGAGAACUGUGGCGAAACUGGAUAUGAAUGUCAAG